GAGAGAAAGGUUUUUUCUUUUUUCUUCUUUUUUUUUUCAGUGUUCGGUUUGGCUAAGGAUUUUUUCUUUUGUUGUUAGUUCCCUUGUUGUACUUGUUACAAAACGAGUUCGUCGUCCGAGUGUUGAAGAAUUUAUUCAGUUCAGCUAGUUGAUGAGGAAUUAACUUGUCAGCUCUAUGAAUACUGAUUAGUUCAUUGCUGAGCAUGGAUAAAGUAUCAUCUGACUGUCCGUAUCCAGGUUGCUUCUUCUGUGUCAUGAAGGAAGGAAAUCCGAGCAAGCGCAGAGCAAGUAUACUGAAAUUCUUUAGAGAACUUCCUUCACAGGAUGAUGAUGGUCAGGUUCUCCCAAUCAGUGGUCUUUGGAAUACUGCCAUGGCACACCCAAAUGACCAGGAGUUUAUUGAUUUGGGAAUAUUUGAAUGCAUGGCUGCACUCAUAUGGAAGGGCCUAAAAAAUCGCCGUUGGCUUGCUCAUGACCAAAACAUAUACAUUCCAUACUAUGCAGCCCAUAUUAUUGGAUCCUACACCAUGAACAUGGAAGAAUUUGCAGAUAGUGCUGUUCAUGCUGGAGUGAUCCCUCCAUUGGUUGAACUUCUGAGAGGGAGGUUAACUUGGGUUGAACAAAGAGUAGCAGUUCGAGCUUUAGGACACUUGGCUACAUAUUCCAGCACUUUUCCUGCUUUAGCAAGUCAUGGUGAGAUUCUGGAGCUUUCCAUUCAGCUAGCAAUGAGUUCCCUUGAAAUAGUUUACUCACAUUUUUACCAGUAUGUUGAUAGAAGGCUAAGUUAUCACUGUGAUCUGCUUACCCGUGGCAUGGGUGGUGUUGAAAUGGAGUCCAGAAAGGCAGAAGAAUGGGCUAGUCAGUUACAGUGCUGGUCCCUUCAGCUCAUCAAUUGCUUUGCUUUUAAACCUGAAUUUCUUUCUACUAUAUGCAAGCCUGAAUUCUUAAUAAAGCUACCAGGAAUGUGGGGUGGACUUGUUAAUGAAAAUUCACCUGCUGGUAUUGGUUUAUUAAGAACAAUCUGCCAUCAUAAGCUGGGCAGGGGACCUGUUGCUAGCUGUACUGGCAUUAUUGAAGCAUUGUGCAAUAUUGCUCGAUCAUCAGAUGAUUGGCAAUAUAUGGCUAUUGAUUGUCUUCUAUGGUUGCUACAAGACCCAAGUACUUGUCAUAAGGUUAUCGAUAAGGCGGUACCAGCACUUGUAGAUCUUGCAGAGAUAUCAGCUCUAGGUGAUCACAAGAAGCUUGGUGAUACCAUUGUAUCUGUUCUUCAGGAAUGCAUCCAAUCACAAGGGAAUGGACGUAACUCUCUCAGCAACCGCACAAAAGAACAGAUCGAGGAACUACUAAAUUCUAGGCAGAGAUUGAAAUGGGAAAAGAGCAUGCCAAAGGAGGAUCUCCACAUUAAACAGGCAGCAGCCCUAGUGGUCAAGCUUGAGGGAAAUUCCCUCUUUUCAUCAGGUAAUAUAUCUGGAGCUGCAUCAAAGUACUCAGAAGCAUUGGCAUUGUGUCCAAUGAGAUCCAAGAAAGAAAGAGUGGUUUUGUACAGUAAUCGAGCUCAGUGUUAUCUUCUUUUGCAACAACCUUUGUUUGCCAUAAGUGAUGCUACACGUGCUCUUUGUCUUCACAAUCCUCUUAACCGUCAUGCCAAAAGUUUAUGGAGAAGAGCUCAGGCAUAUGACAUGCUGGGUUUAGCUAAAGAGAGUUUGUUAGAUGCCAUUCUGUUCAUAAAUGAGUGCUCUCAAUCAAAUGACCCUGAUCUGUCAUUGAGGCAAAAUAAGGUUCCUGACUAUGCUGAACGAUUAGUGAAGAAGCAGAUGCGUGCAGCUUGGUUAUUCAGGGAGGCAGCUAUCAAACAUGGGGGUGUCCAUUGUGAGGGUGAUGCUGGUGACAUCUAUGGCCGAGAGACUGAUGAUUCCGAGUGGGAGACAGCUAGUGAAAGUGAUAUUGGAAAUGAUGGAAGAGAUGAGAUGGGUGAUGAUGAUGAUGAUGACAGUGAAUGGAAGAAUGAGGACGAGAGGAAAGAUAAAUAUGAUAAACCCUCGAUAAAAGAACCUUGAUAUGGAACAGACAUAAAGCAUGGAUACAAUGUGCAGCUUGCGGAGGAUGAACCAUGAAUUGUAGAUGAGUGAACCAUCAUCAAACAGAAACACUUAUUGUGACAUACAUAACAAGGCCAUGAAUGAAGCAGAUUUGUUGGGUUUCACGUUCGGCACCUAUAGCGACCUUGAUAGCAGUGGCAGUUGUAACUUCCAUCUCAUAUCAAGCAGCUUGGAAAGGAAACAUGUUUUGGGUCAUUGUGUUUGAGAGCAAAAACUUGUUUUAUAUCAUUGUUAUUAUUAUCAUUUUCUUUUCUUUUUCAUUUUCAUUUUUUAACAAAAUUUUCUUAUUAAAAUCAACUGUAGAAAAAUGAACAAAGAUUUUGAGUCUAGAGUAUGUGAAACUUUUCAAGUGAUGUAAGAGGCUUGUAUAUAUAAAACCUUGGGGUUUAUUGAAUUUGAAAUGCAUAUUUCUGUAUUUGAAUGAUA